AUGAAUAUUGGUUACGGCAUACUAGUUCACCAAGUAAUAAUAUCUAUAUGUGAAGUAUUAUCUUAACAAAAUUAAAGCAUUUAAUAAUUUGCAAUAGAUGGCUAUUUCAUCCAAAAAUUUUUUAAUUCCAAUCAUUAGAUGACGAUGUGGAGAUUAUUUAAUGACUUAGGAGCUAUGUUGCCAGUUUUUCUUAAAUAUUUUGAUAACCUUCUCAAACACUCUUAAUUCUGA